AUGGCUGAUUCAGGACUCACAGGUACGGGAACUGGAGGAGAUGUAUUCAAAGUUGAUUUAAACUCACAAUUCGAUUCUGCUGAUAUGGCAUGGAUCGGUACUGCUUCAGUGCUAGUAUGGAUCAUGAUACCUGGUGUUGGUUUACUAUAUUCAGGAUUAUCAAGAAAAAAACAUGCUCUUUCAUUAAUGUGGGCUUCCUUGAUGGCAGCUUGUGUCACUGCUUUCCAAUGGUUCUUUUGGGGUUAUUCAUUAGUUUUCGCUCACAAUGGAUCCAAAUUCUUGGGAACGUUGCAAAAUUUUUGUUUAAGAAAUGUAUUGGGAGCUCCGGGUGUUGUUGCAACCGUUCCUGAUAUUUUAUUCUGUUUAUACCAAGGUAUGUUUGCUGCUGUCACUGCAAUCUUGAUGGUUGGAGCUGGUUGCGAAAGAGCAAGAUUAGGACCAAUGAUGGUGUUUUUAUUUGUUUGGUUAACUGUGGUUUACGCACCAAUUGCUUAUUGGACUUGGGGUGGUGAUGGAUGGUUAUUCAACUUGGGAGCUUUGGAUUUUGCUGGUGGUGGUCCAGUUCAUGAAAACUCUGGAUUUGCCGCAUUGGCUUAUUCACUUUGGUUAGGUAAGAGACGUGAUCCAUUGACUCAAGGAAAAGUUCCAAAGUACAAGCCACACUCGGUUUCUUCAAUUGUGUUGGGAACGGUUUUCCUUUGGUUUGGAUGGUUUGGAUUCAAUGGUGGAUCUACCGGUAAUGCCAAGAUGAGAUCAUGGUACGCUUGUGUUAAUACUAAUAUUGCUGCUGCUUGUGGUGGUUUAACUUGGAUGUUUGUUGAUUAUUUCAGGACUGGAGGUAAAUGGUCAACUGUUGGAUUAUGUACUGGAGCCAUUGCUGGCUUGGUUGGUAUUACUCCUGCUGCUGGGUAUGUACCAGUUUACACAUCGAUUAUCUUUGGUAUUGUCCCUGGUAUUAUUUGUAAUUUUGCUGUUGAUUUAAAGCAAUACUUGCAAAUUGAUGAUGGUAUGGAUGUUUGGGCUUUACAUGGAGUUGGUGGCUUUGUUGGAAACUUUAUGACUGGUUUGUUUGCUGCUGAUUACGUUGCUAAAAUCGAUGGUACUGAUAUUGAUGGUGGUUGGAUGAAUCAUCAUUGGAAACAAUUGGGAUAUCAAUUGGCAGGUUCAGUUUCAGUUGCUGCUUGGUCAUUUGUCGUCACAUCAAUUUUGUUAUUGGCAAUGGAUAGAAUACCAUUCUUAAGAAUUAGGUUACAUGAAGAUGAAGAGAUGUUGGGUACUGAUUUAGCUCAAAUUGGUGAAUAUGCUUACUACAAUGAAGAUGAAGAUCCGGAAAAUAGUCCUUAUGUAUUGGAACCAAUUAGAUCAACAGAUGCCAUUAGAGAUAAAUUGAGGACUGCAACUUCUAAUAAUAAUCAAAAUGAACCGGGUGUUCAAACUCCAGAACAAAUUGAUGGUGUUGCUCAAGUGCAAGAUGAUACUGAUAAUUCAAACAGUGUUGAAUCAAAGAAGUAA